AUGUUAAAUCAUUUAUCGACUAUUCAUCAACGAUUUAUAUCCGAAACUGGUAAUAAUUGUCAUUAUUCCACAUUUACACGUUAUGUGCCUGAUUAUGUGGUGAAGCCAAGUGCUGAUGAGUGGGGUACUUGUUUAUGUGUUACUUGUCUUAAUCCACAAAUGAAGCUUGAAAAGUUACAACGUAUAAAAUCUCUAUAUUCAGUUCUCAAGACACUACUUCUUGAUGGUUUAACGGAUAUAACAGAUUUGGUUACAGAUGAAAUCAAAACAAAAGAUUUUUUAGAUAAUUUGGUUAAACUUAAAGAUGAACAAUUUAAUAUUACAUAUACUGAAUGGAUAAAGAAAAAAUAUGAUAAAUCUAAUGUACCUGUGUCAACAAAAACGACAUUUACAUCAUCUAUUGUUGAUUUUAUAACAAAAUUUAUAAAUGAAAUCAAUGUAUGUACAUAG